UUUUUUUUUCGAAUUAAUUUUGUUUUGAGUGUGGUGAAAAUUGAAUUCUUGGUGUUAAUUGGUUGGAGGAUUAUUCAACGGAACUUGAAUUGUUUUUUUUCUCUCUCUUUGUUUGAUUAGCUGAAAUGUUCAGAUGUUGAAUUUUGGUGUUUUGAAUUGUUCUUUCUGUGUGAUGAAUAAACCGUUGGUUUGGUGAUUGUUGAAUAGGAUCUGCUUUAUUCUAACUUGUCAUUCGUUUAGGUUUUUCUCUCUUUUUUGUGGGUGUGUUUUUAAUCUGUUAUCAUCCUGUUAUAUAUGAAAGAAAGGUCGAGAAAUUGAAUUGAGGGAAGACUUGAAUGGUUCAGUGUGAAUAGAUUAAGAUUUUGUGUUACUUUAUUCUGUUCUUGAUCAUUUUUACUCAAACUUGGAGCUAAGGAGAGACUGUGAUGCCUAAUUUGAAGCUGCUCCACUUUUUUAGUAGAUUUUUCAUUACACUGAUGAGCUUUUGUGUAACAAUUUCACUGCGAUUUUGAAAUUCCUUGGCCCGAGGUUAAUCGGUGAAGAAUGAAUCUUUUUUGAUGCAUUUGAAACCUGUGGUCACAUUGCAAUGUGGUUUCAACCUGUGGCGUGAUAAGUUGGAUUCAAAUGUAUUUUCCCAAUCCUUGUCCUCCAUCAAAUUACGUUUGACAACUAAGCCGAAAUCCGAGUGGGUAAUUUUCUUGCAUAGUUGACACUAUUUUAUUGGGUGAAUUUGAAAAUGUGACAAGAUUUGAUUCAUGAUUAGAGUUGUUGGCUUACUUGUACUGCUUGUUCAGCAGUCAGAACUGAGUCCUGGUACUUUUUUUAAGAAAUAUAAAUAACUUCAGAAUAUGGUGAUUGCCAAGCCUGCUUCUUUCCAAUAUUGGGUGUUUAGAAGUAUUUUCACCUAAUUGGUGUAUCAUGAGAUCAUUGCAUUAGUGUAAGCUUUUCAUAUCUUUAGUAGUUUUUUCCUGUUAAAUGGUCCUUGUGAACUGUUGGGUUUUCGUGCUUAGUAAACCUGUCUGUCUUCUUGCAAACAUAAUUCAUGUCAGAUUGCACUUGUAGGUGAACACUAAUAAAUGCUUGUAUUUUGUGACCUGAAGGCCUAUUAUCACAAAUGCUUGUUACAUAGCUGACCCUUCUGCAACCCUAUAGUUUGGUUAAUUUAGGGAUUUGCUCUCUUCUUAUUGGCAGUAAGUAAGAGUGCUCCUCGCUCGACCCUCCCCCGAUUGACCCUCUCCCGAUUGUUGCGCUCCUCAAAAGAAAGUCCCACAAAAAUAAGAAUGCUCCUCGCUCGACCCUCCCUCGAUUGACCCUCCCCCGAUUGUUGCGCUCCUCAAAGGAAAAUCCCACAAAAGUAAGAAUGUUCCUCGCUCGACCUUCUUCCGAUUGACUCUCCCCCGAUUGUUGCGCUCCUCAAAGGAAAGUCCCACAAAAGUAAGAAUGCUUCUCGCUCGAUCCUCCCCCGAUUGACCCUUCCCCGAUUGUUGCGCUGCUAAAUGGAAAGUCCCACAAAACCCGAUUGUUGCGCUGCUAAAUGGAAAGUCCCACAAAAGUACGAAUGCUCCUCGCUCGAUUGACCCUCCCCGAUUGUUGCGCUCCUUAAAGGAAAGUCCUACAAAAGUAAGAAUGCUCCUCACUUGAUCCUCCCCCGAUUGACCCUUCCCCGAUUGUUGCGCUGCUAAAAGGAAAGUCCUACAAAAGGAUGGGAACCAAAGUUCAGAGUCUUCCGGGAAACUACUCAAUGAGAGAUCUUAAUGAGGAAUCCAGCAGUUGUGGCUGGCCCCUAUUUUAUGGAGAUAAAGCACUGGCAAAUGGGCAAUAUUAUCAGAACCAUCUUCCAAGUGCCGCAGCAGAUGUAUGUUCAGCAUAUGAUAAGGAUGUUGUGAAACAGAUGAUGCUUGAACACGAGGCCAUAUUUAAGAAUCAGGUGUUUGAACUUCAUCGUUUAUACAGAAUACAAAGAGAUUUGAUGGAUGAAGUAAAAAUGAAAGAAUUACACAGAAACCAUAGAUCUGUUGGUCAAUCGUUUUCCCCAGGGCCUAGCUUUCCAAUAGCAGGAAGUUCUGCUUGUGAUAGACCAUCUAUUUCAGGCAUUGGGGGAAUUCAUUCUCCUUUUGGUUCUAACAAAGGAAUCAAUAAGCAAACUAAUCUCUUUCCAUCACCAAAUGGGAGUAGUUCAAAAGAUGUUGAGAUACUGGGGUCUAGACCCUCAAAGGUGAGGAGAAAAAUGUUUGACCUUGACCUCCCUGCUGAUGAGUACAUUGAUACCGACGAAGGCGAGAAAUUUAGUGAUGAAAAUGCAAGUGGCACAACAAUUCCUGAUAUAAAUUGUAAAAAUGGGAAAGGAAGGGAUGUGAGACUUUUUUGUGGCAAUGGUGGGAAAACUGGUAGCCAGGAAGACACUUCAAGAUCUGAGCAGUCUUUAAGAAGCAGAAAUGGUUUGGCCGACUUAAAUGAACCGGUUCAAGUGGAAGAAACAAAUGCUGCUGCGUGUAUUCCUCCUCUAAACCAUAAUCCCUAUCCAGGGGCAACUGAAUGCUCUGAUCCAUUUGCAAAACAGAAGUCAAGGUUUUUUGGUUUUUCUACAGAAGAUUUACACAACUCGCACCAUACUCCUUCAAGUAAUGGAUAUUUGAAAAAUGAUGGGAGUGGAAAAUUGUGGAUUUCAUCAAAAGAGACAGGGCAAGCUAAAAUCAGUUCGAAUCCCAUUCCUCAAGUCCUCAAACAAGAGCAAUCAUUUUUUUCAUCCCAAGCAACACAAGAUGCACUAGGUAAAGGUCCCGAACCUACAUCUGAUUAUCUAAAUAAUAGAAGCAAGACUGGUUUAUGGAGGGAAAAAACAGUCGGUGGUUUGGACAUCAAUGAAAGGAAUAAGCAUCCAGAGAAUGUUGUAUCACCAUACAGUUCCGGUCUCUAUGCAUUUGCUCCUUCCUCAGAUUUUGCCAAGUCUUGGUCUCAGUCAUCUUGGCAAAUGGCAAGUAGUAGUCUAAACCAGAAGUUGAUGUCUGUUCAGAUGCCUCCUUCUCCAUUUCUAAAUUCAUCUGGUGCCUUGAGUAGGGGUUCUCAGUCACAUCAAAGUAAUGGGCUUUUGGGAGAUAGUUGGCCUCUGAAUAUCAAUACGAAGCAGAAUGCAGGUUUUCACCGUGAAGCAUCUGUGCAAAAUGGAUUUAACCCCAGGAUUGCUGAACAUUUCAACAGUGGUUCACCGAACUAUAAUAAAAGUUCAAAUUUAAUUUGCAAUGAAAUGUCAUCUGGAAAAGAUAUUAACUUGAAUGUGCGACUUUCAAAUGGUUUAUCCAAUGACUUAGUAACCCAGUCGGGUCUUGGAAUCGUAGAUCGAGAACCGAAGAAUGGGGAGCAGCUUGCAGUGUUGCCUUGGCUUAGAUCCAAGACUGCAUGUAAAAAUGAGAUUCAAAAUGCUGGUAGUGAUAGGCGCGUGACUGCUGGAAAAUUGAGUUUUCUCCAAGUUGCUUCUUCAUCUAACAAGGAUGAAACUGAAAAGGGGUCUAGUGAAAAAUUUAUAAACGGUGUAACUUCAGGUUUGUGUUCAAAUAUUGAGCCGAGUAGGAUAGAAGCCAGUGAUAGCUGUAGUAAAAAGAAAAUUCUCGGUGUUCCCAUAUUUGGUGUACCUCUGAUUUCUACUAAGGAGUCACCUUCACUCACUUCUCCAUCUGUGUCAGUUCCUAGUCCAUCAGGUAUAGAACUGGUGGAAAAUAAUCGAAAAAACCGGGUACUUGAUAUUAACUUGCCUUGUGAUGCUGACGUUCUUGAGGUUGACAUGGACAAACAAGCUGUCACUGAAACCAUUGUUUGUAAGGAAGGACUUUCAAAAAUGGAAGCCAACUCUAGAAAUCAAUUUGACCUGAACAUGAGUAUGAAUGAGGAUGAGGCAUUUCUUACCACUAUUCCAGCCGCUAAUGUAAGAAUGAAGGGGGUAAUAGAUCUUGAAGCCCCUGCUGUUCCUGAGACAGAGGAGGACGCUAUUUCUGAAGAAAAACAACUUGAACCUCCUUCAGUAUCACCACUAGGCCCACAAGUCACAGUUGAACAACCACAAGAUGAAUUUAUGAGGCUUGCAGCCGAAGCAAUAGUUUCCAUGUCAUCUCAUUGCUGCAAUCAAGUGGAUGAUGUCGUGAGCAGUCCAUCAGAAAAACCAUUGGUGGAUCCACUAAGUUGGUUUGCAGAUGUAGCUUUCUCAUGUGUAGAUGAUGUGCAGAGAAAGUUAGAUAAUUCAAAGGGGAAAAAUCGUGAGGGUAAAGUGGAAUCAUCCUCCAAAGAAUUGGACUACUUUGAGGCUAUGACAUUGCAACUGGAAGAGGUCAAGGAAGAAGACUACAUGCCCAAGCCUCUUGUUCCAGAAAACUUGUUAGUAGAAGAAGCUGGAACAACUUCGUUGCCUACUCGGGCACGAAAGGGGCCAGCAAGGAGAGGGAGGCAGCGGAGGGAUUUCCAAAGGGACAUCCUUCCAGGCCUAACAUCUUUAUCAAGGCAUGAAGUAACAGAAGACCUUCAGACAUUUGGCGGGCUUAUGAAAGCAACAGGUCAUGCAUGGCAUUCAGGAUUAACCAGAAGAAGUUCUUCUAGGAAUGGGUGUGGCAGGGGUAGGCGGAGGUCACAGGUUCUGCCAUCUCCCCCUCGUCCAGUGGUAACCAUUGAAACUUGUACCCCACUGGUUCAGCAGCUUAACAACGUUGAACUGGGAUUGGAGGAUAGAAGCCUAACAGGUUGGGGCAAGACAACCAGAAGGCCCCGUAGACAGAGGUGCCCGGCAGGUAAUCCUCCAUCGAUUCGAUUAACCUAAUCAUUGUAAGAGGCUUACUUUUAUAGAUGAGAAUUUAUAGAGGGUAAGGAGGGUCAUUUUCUAUAUUGAUGAGACAUGUGAUGUCUAAAGCGUGGGGAUUUCUUUUUGUACAUUUCUUCAAACCCCUAUCUGCUUGAUUUUCAGUUAGUCUUCGGAUCAAACCAACUUGUAUUACUCUUGAAUAAUGUUGCAUGGUUUAUUCUUGGUUA